AUGGUAUUUGAGGCGAUUCAUCCCGACGAACAGAAAUUCUUCAAUACCGCGCUUGGCCUGGUGAAGUCUGCUGGCCGGAUUGUACGCGAGGCCUUUGAGCAACCAGCGUCUGCCGUUGAGACUAAAUCUUCAAAUACGGAUCUCGUCACAGAAACCGAUCGCGCCGUCGAGAAAUAUUUGAUCGAUGGACUCCGAGCGGCAUUUCCGGACCAUAAAUUUAUCGGCGAGGAGUCGGUCUCCGGAGGUGAAAAAAUCCAUUGGGGCGAUGAGCCGACCUGGAUCAUCGACCCGAUCGAUGGAACCACCAAUUUCGUACACAGGAUUCCCCUGAUCGCCAUUUGCGUCGGGCUAUCGAUUAAGAAGCAACUUCGAGGCGGCAUCAUCUACAAUCCGAUCACCAACGAGUUGUAUUCGGCCCAGGUCGGCGGCGGAGCAUUGAAGAAUGGAUUCCCGAUCCACGCUUCAAAAACCACAGAAUUGUCGAAAGCCCUGGUGGCCAUUUCGCUCGGCAUCCAUAAUCUCAAAGAAUCGUUUGGCCCCAAUUGGUGCGACAUCAACUUUUCAAACCAGCGCAAAUUGGUGGAGGCGGGAUUUCGCGGGAAUCGGUCUUUCGGCUCGGCGGCCAUUAAUAUGAUGAUGGUGGCGCAGGGGAGCGUCGACGGGUAUAUCGAGUACGGUAUUCACGCAUGGGACGUUGCGGCCGGAGCGGUGAUUGUCCGCGAGGCUGGUGGCGUUGUCAACAAUCCGGACGGCUCGGAAUUCAACGUGAUGGGCCGUUGUGUUCUCACUACAGGAUCGCCACAACUCGCCGAAACAAUCUCCAAAAAUUUCACCCAUGUCCAGUACGCGCCUGAAGCC